GGGAAAUACACUUUUGCAGAUGGUCUCGAAUACAAAGAUAAAAAAUGGCAUUACUGUGACGGCUAUGACAGAAGAUUUUACACAGAAAUCUGUUCUGGUCUGAAACCAGCAGGCAUUUCUCAUCUUACAAAUCUGGAUCCUCCCAGGAAAAUCCCAGAAGGUUGUUACGACUGUGGUGAUGGAUUCUAUAAUCCUGAAACCAGAAUUAUUGUUGACUACAAACUCAGGUUUCUGAGAAACGCAGACGACGAGGAGCAUGAAUGGAUCGUUCAGACCUGCCGGAGAGCUUGGGAUGAAACAACUGAACACAAACUGAAGCCAUGA